GGUAAUGCCAUUCUGCGAUAUUUCUGAUUAUAAAUCUAGAAUUUUGUGAGACAAGUUAGAUAAAGUAAGUAACAAAACAAUUUGAAUUAUACAUUACAGACAAAAAAUCGAUUUUAGUGGAUUACCAACUAUAACACUGACAAAAGUCCAGAGAAAAGGUGAGUGAGUAAUCUCGUGGGAAAAGAUAAAAUGUAUAUGAAUUGCAUCCACCACAGACUAUAAUAAUCAAUGUUUGAUUAUUAUUUAGAAUCAAAGAUUAUGGUCAAAUACAAUUUGCUGAAAACGACCGUCUGUCCAAGUUUAUUCGUAUUCCAUUUACACCGAAGGUUGGUCAUAAAGAAGGGAAAGAGGACGAUGAUAAAAAGAGGGAAAAUAAAAAUAAAAGUAAGAAGCCAACAGAAGGACCACGUCAAAUAGAAAUACCAAAGAGUACUACACGCAGUGAAACAACAACACUCAAAGCUGAGAAACCAAGUCAAGAUCAAACAGAAACACUUAAUUUAAAUAAUAAGGUCGAAUUACCUACUACUAGGGAAGAUAAUACUACAAUUGAAGAAAAUAAAGACGAAGAGGCAAUAAUAACACCACAGAUUGUUCAAUUUAUGAAAGAUAUGUGGAAACUACAGCCACCACAACUAAUUAUAUCAGUUACAGGUGGGGCCAGAUUAUUUAAAUGGACAACACCAGGCAUGUUGUAUGCUUUUCAAAAAGGUUUAACAUCCGCUGCAGUAACAACAGAUGCGUGGAUCUUCACCGGUGGUACGAAGUCGGGCAUCAUGAAAGAGGUUGGUGAUGCUAUUGAUAAAUGCCGAUAUAAAAACACAAAAACAUCAUCAAAAAUUCCUUGUAUUGGAAUCAGUAGUUGGGGUUACACAAUAGGUCACGAGCAAUUGGAGCAGAACAGAGAGCAGAGAAGAAUGAAACAAGCAACAAAUGAAGAGACGAUCGAUAUUCAAAAGGAUGAAUUGGACAGGAUUCGAUUUUAUCGAGAGCGAGAAAGUUAUCAGAAAGAAGAAGAUGGGUGUACAUUAGAUCCAAAUCAUACACAUUUCAUUCUACUGGAUGAUGGGUGGGAAUAUCCUUCACAUAAAGUAACUAAUGACAAAUGCAUUAAAUGCGAUGAAUGUAUUUGUUGGGCACAGCAUUAUAAUGCUAAAUUUCGAUCAGAUCUUAUAUUAUCGUUGCGCGCUGCAAUAGAAAAAGAAGCGAGAGAAGAUCGAGAACAUAAUUACACAGUGCCUAUCGUUCAGAUUUUAGCCAAUGGUGGUCCCUCAACUAUUCUAACGGUAGUCGAAGCCUUAAAACGCGAGACACCAGUAAUCAUUAUUGACGGUACUGGUCGGGCUGCUGAAGAAAUAAAGAAACAAUAUUGUGAAGAAUGCAAUAAAACGAUGAAAAAAGCAAAGAAUGAAAAUAAAUUAGAUGAAGCCAUUUUACAAGCACUCGUGAAUGCUACUGAAAUGAAAAAGAACGAAAACUCAAAUGAACAUAAAAUCAAAGAAUUAGAAUUAGCUAUGACAUGGAAACAAUUUGAUCUUGCACAAAAGCAAAUAUUAACACAGAAUAAUGUUUCAAAGUGGACGGAAAAUCAACUGGCUGAUGCAUUGUGGAAUGCUUUACGAUUGGAUUCCGUUCAGUUUGUUGGUUUAUUGAUAGAAUGGGGUGCAUCAUUUGAUCAUUUACGAAAAAUAAUUGAUAUUAGAGAUAUAAUCCAAAAAGAGAUCGACAAACGAGAAGAGAAAAAGAAUGUAAAGCUAAUAACUGAUCUAUUAGGUUUUAUGUUUCAGAACCGUCAAGAAAAUGAAACAGAAUUUGUUCGUGAUUUGUUUUUAUGGGCCCUACUUCUACGUCGAUAUAAUAUGGCCACUUACUUAUGUUCACGGUCUCUGAUAGUGAAUAGAACAUUCUUUUGUGGUUAUACGCACAAUAGUACGUUACAAAAAGAUUUUCUUUCAAAUCAUCAACAAUAUAUAACAUUUAAGCAACUGAAGAACAUACUACUUCAACUGUUUCGAGAUUUUCUAUCACGAAAAAUGGCUACUUCGAUACCGGAUGAAAGUUCAACCUCGGAAGACAACGAAAGUAAUCAAAUGAUUGAUCAUAUUGAUGAAUCGUCCGUUGAAGAUAAUGAUAGUCCACCUCGAAAAAGAAAGAAAUUAGAAGAAAUCAAAUGGAAACGUCAAAAGUUCAAUUCAAUUGACCUUCCUGAAAGCCAUCUGAACCCAAUCUUAUAUUUUGCCAAUCCAUCGAGAAAAACGCCACGUAUUGUUUUCGAUUAUUUUGUAGACGGUACAUUGAUUAAAAAAAUUACAUCUGAAUCGAACAAAUAUAAACAGUGUUUAUAUUUGUUCAAACGCCUUUUGGUGUUUAUUAAACACCAAAAGGCGUUUCAAGUCUCCGAUGUAUCAGAAAUAGACAUUCGAAAAUUUAUCGCUGCAUUGAUAUACAUGUCGGUAAUUCGUCUCCCAAGACAUCGAAUGUAUUGGUCGAAACCUACA